AGUCCCGCUUUCGGCUACUACCUCCUUAGCAUUAGGAUAGUGGCGCCUUGAAGGGGUUUUAUUAAAAUACGGCGUGCCUAGAUUCUAUUCCACAACAUCGAUUCCAAAAAAACAGAGCACGGAGCGAGAGCAGGUUUCCACUAGCACUCAUAGACACCCAUAGUGUGCACAUCCAUCCCAGUUGCAGCAUAAAAUAAGAUCGCCAUGGACAAGAACCUCAACGAGCUCCUCAGGUGGGGCAUCGAGCACUCGACGCCCUCCGACUCGGCGGCGGCGCCGCAGCACAACUCGUCGCUCAACGCGGCUGCGCUCGCCUCCAUCAUGGGCGCGCCCUCGGACGCCGAGCUGAUGCGCGCGAGCAUGGUCGCCAUCACCUCGGCCGACGCCGACGUCUCGCUCGAGGCGCGCCUGAUCGCCUUCGACAACCUCGAGCAGCUCGUCGAGUCGCUCGACAACGCGAACCUGCUCGCGACACUCGGCCUCUGGUCCCCGCUGCUCGCCCUCCUCGCCCACGCCGAGCCUGACCUCCGCCGCAUGGCCGCGUGGUGCGUCGGCACCGCCGUACAGAACAACUCCCCCUGCCAGGAGCGCCUCGUCGCCCUCGGUGGCGUCGAACGCCUCGUCCGCAUGUCCCUCGGCGAGCGCCUGCCCGCCGAGGAGCCUGCGGCCGACACCGCGGGCGGCGCCAAUGGCGACACCAAGGACGAGGGGGGGCAGCGAGAGGAGGAGGAGGCUAAAGACGUGCGCCGCAAGGCCGUCUACGCCUUGAGCUCCGCGGUGCGAAACUACCAGCCUGCCCUCGAUGUCGCCGCAAGAGAGCUGCGGAAGCGCGGCGAACACGUGCAGGACGGCAUCGACGCCGCCGAUAUGGAUGCUGUGGAUGAGCUAAUAAACGGUCUAAAGCAGAGAGCCGUGGCCGCGUAGCUCCUAAAACUAGUCUGACGACGGGUUUUACGAGGCGAGCUCAAGAGGGGAACUAGAGUAACCGUGGCAUUGUCGGCGUUCAACGGCGGGUACACUUGGGCAAUGAUUCCUUUUUAUAUAUGAAAAAAAAGGGGGGGGGGGUGGAGAGAGGUGGAAGGU